GUUAAUUAGUUAGAUCCAUAGAUUUGGCUGCAGAUAAAUGUUACUCGAAUCCGCGGAUAUAACGAUCCGGAUCCGGCCGGCGGACCCGCCAACCCGCAUUUGACUGACGUUGUUGUUCUUCUCCGCUGUUCAUCACCAAACCUAGCGGCAGCGCGGGCGGCUUCUUAGCGUCGUCGCUCGGCCGUUGGUGGAACCGCCGCGGUUCUGAUCCUAAUCGAUCAAUUCAUUUUUUACUUUUACGGCCAUUGCCACCACGUUCGUAAGUAAAGUGAAUAUAGCGGGGAAAUCAGAGUUUUAAAUGGGGCUGAAAUCUGAAAAUGGUGCAAGUGAAGCAAUUAAAUUAUGUGUAUUUGAUCUAAGAAGGGGCCAAACUGAAGGGCAGGAGUUGGACAAGAUUCUCUUCUUCUAUCCAGCUGAUUUGCCCCUCUCAGCACAGCUCUCAGUUAUUGGCCUAAGUGAGGGACUCAUCACUUUUACCAGAAUUUUCUCUCCUGAGGCUCCUUGCGAGGUCAUUGAAGCAGAGGUGCAUUCUCAUGUUUUUUAUGAGGCAGAACCAGAUAUAUGGAUGGUGAUGGUAGUAGAAAAAGAUAAGGAGUCAGAAGCCAUUUGGCGAAUUGAUGCUCUAAGAAAGGUUCUUGAAGAAGUGCAUUCCCUUUUUGUGAUGUUUCAUGGAUCUAUUAGGACGUUGGUUGACAAAGAACCUACUGGAGGACUUGUCAGAACUCAUUUGUAUUAUUUCAUCAUGGACUUUUUGAGUGCAUUUGAAAAGCGAUCUCCAUUGGAAUAUUGCUGCUGGGAUUUCUCGAUUGGGAAGAAACUACAGUUGCCAAACUUUCGUGAAUCUCUAAAAGAACGUGGAACAAUACAGAUGUUAACUGUGGGGCGGGAGGCUGCUAUUGAAGUUCAGUCUCUUGUUCGAGUAUUAGAAUCAUGUGCGGGGAACACUCAAUGCUACUCGCUGACCAUGUUCCAGGAUCUGCUGGUCUCAUCAAAUCUAUCUCCUAUCGAUGCUGUCAGACUAUUUACCUAUGCUGUCCUAAGGUUGACCCCUCUUGCUCUCUCCUCUGGAGUAAGUUCGUGGUCCUCUUCACGUAAAGGAAAUACUGCUUGCAAUACUUCAGCUGGAGCUGUACUAGCGAAUUCUGGUCUAGUUGUGGAUCAAUAUUACAAUUCUCCUGAUGCAUCUGCCCUUGGAAGUCGCAGUUAUCCUGUUGUGAGGCCUUUGCAGCAUGCCAAGUGGUCCAAGGGGAAGGAUGGUUUUCUUGUUACUGAUAUUUGGGGUGCAGACGUUAAUAAUUUAGUGUGUACAAGCCCAACAAUUUGGCUUAAUCAAACAGAAGAGAAGAUGUAUCUAUUAGCUUAUCAGCAUCGAGGCCUCACUAUGAUGCUUCUGAUUCCAGUGUCAUCUGUCAAUGGGGAACAAGGAAUUGCUAUGGUGAAGCAGCAAAUUCUUGAAAAUGCGUCACUGAAGAUGUUCAAAGUUGAAGAGAAGUUAUCAAGAGGUUGGGGUGGUGAAAAUGCAUAUCAUGUGAGUGGAUAUCGUUAUUUGCUGAUGGAUGGUGAUAGGUAUAUAUCUAGGGCUUCCCCCCCUGGAAAAGUAACAACUUUGACUAAGGAAUCCUUAAUUGCAUUUUGUAAGCUCCGAGAGGAGGUUGACUCAGAAAAGAGUCGAGCUAAAUGGGACAAUUCAGGUUGUGAGAAAGAUCUAGAACUGUCCAUUAGAGCAAAGAACAAUGCUUGGCUUAUUGCUCGGCUUACUAGAGGAAAGGAGCUUUAUAUGGUUCUUGAGAAAGCUAACGAAACCCUUCUCUAUGCCUCUGAUGCAGUUGAGAAGUUCAGUGAGAGGUAUUGCAAUGGUGUGUUUUCCUUGGACUAGGCAACAGUUUAACUCCACUUCUUGAGGGGAAAGCAGAAACAUUACUGGUAUGCUCAGCUAUUUACAUAUUCCGCUUGUUAUAGGGACUGGAAGACUCCAUGUUCUGUAGACAUUGUACGCUGUAUCAAGGAAAUAGAAAGUAUGCCUAGAGAAACCUUGUGCUUAUGUACAAGUGUAUGUACAUAGAAAAUUUAGUGCUAUUACUUACCGCCAGACUGAGCACUUUGUAUCAAAUUGUUAUGAUUUGUCUUCCCUUGACAUUUCAAUUUUCUAGGGAUCUUCCAACAGAUGGGAUCUGUAACAUGGGGCCUUUCUUUAGUAAGGGAUGAACAUUUGGACGUACAACCAAUAAAAUUCUCCUUUUUUUUAGGUUCCCUGA